AUGUGUUUGGAAAAAUCUUCAUCUUUACAUGGUCUUAGGGGCGGUGGUCUUGGAGGCGAUGGUGGCAGUCUUAGAAGCGGUGGUGGUCUUAGGGGCGGCGGUCUCAGAGGCGGUGGUGGUCUCAGAGGCGGCGGUAGUUCCGGAGGGACCUGUUAA